AUGCUGUCGCCCCCUUCCUGGGUCUUUCCGACCGUUGCGGCCUCAACUUGGCUAGCUAUGCUGCUGGCCAUGUUGGGCCAUUGGACCAUGAUCGGGGAGCCUAGAUACGGCCUCAUGAAGCCUGGCCAGAACAUCCCAUUCAUUUCGGAUAUCGGAGCCCAAGAACUCAAACCAUUGUUCAUGAUCGGUUGUAUCACGACCGUCCUACUCCUCAAUCUCUCUUUCUAUCAAUUCGUCCAAUCCAAGGGAUAUAUCAACAAACUCUGCACACACGGCUCCUUCCUCUUCACCAUCAUUGGAAGCAUAGGAUUGAUUAUGCUCUCCGUCCUCGAUAACAUCGCCCACCAUUUCACCCACGACGUCUGUGUCACAGUCUUCAUUGUGGGCUUCCUAGUCAGCGCAGCCUUGAUGGCCCUGGACUAUAUCUAUUUGGGCAUAGCCCAUGCUCUCCGCGAGCCUAUGCUCUUAACAAGUUUCGCGAUCAAAGUGUCAUUCAUCGUCAUUGAACUCACCCUCAUUAUCGUCUUUCGGAUCACUGAACACACCCAUUACAACCAGAACAAUAUGGCUGCCACCCUCGAGUGGGUCAUUGCCUUUGUCUUUACUGGCUACAUUCUCUCCUUGAUCGUGGAUCAACUGCCUUCUUCCCAAAGGAACCUCCAGAACCCCAAGGGUUAUCAACAGCUCGAAAUGAGAACGAGCAUGAGCUUGCCUUGA